GCUGAAGAUAUUGAAGAGAUCUUAGCCGAAAUUGAUGGCGAGCAGAUCGAAGAAUACCAGAAAUUCUUCGAUGACUUCGACCGUGGAAAGCAAGGCUACAUCAUGGCCACUCAGAUCGGCCAAAUUAUGCGCGCCAUGGAGCAGGAAUUCGAUGAGAAGACCCUCCGCAAACUGAUCCGUAAAUUCGAUGCUGAUGGCUCUGGAAAGCUGGAGUUUGAUGAAUUCUGCGCAUUAGUCUACACUGUCGCUAACACCGUCGACAAGGACACACUCCAAAAAGAACUGAGGGACGCAUUCCGGCUCUUCGACAAGGAGGGAAAUGGUUACAUUUCUCGGCCGACAUUGAAGGCUCUAUUGCACGAGAUCGCCGACGAUUUGACCGAUCAACAACUGGAAGAAGCCGUAGACGAGAUCGAUGAGGACGGUUCAGGAAAGAUCGAAUUCGAAGAGUUCUGGGAGUUGAUGGCCGGAGAGUCCGAUUAA